GGAAGGCUACACAAAUGAGGUGACACAGCAAAAAUAGGAAACUUAAAAUGUUAAUUGUAUAUUUUCUGAUACUAUCUGCUUCUGAGUCACUGUGGAGGUUUCAAACAGGCUGUGGGUGAUGGCCUUGUCCACCACCUAGAGGAAGAAAACCAUGGAAGUCUAUUUGGAGGAUUUGAGCGGUGCGUCUGUUGGCAAGUAUAGUUGAGCUCUGUAGUCAUUGAAAAGGAAAUACUGAAAUUAUCUAUGGAGCCUGAAUGCCAGUCCAGCCAUGUGGGAGACCCUCAGUGAGUGAUCAGUCCGAGAAGCUGAUCUGAGAAGCUGAAAGGCCCAAAGCUUUGUACUGCUGGUCUUUGCUCCACAAUGAGGGAGAGGUUAUUGUCUCUUGAGGAAGAGGCAGGUGCAAGGCAGAGAAGAUUUGCUCAGGGUCACGUGAGAGACAGCUUGGUACAAUGAGAAAGACCAUCAAGCGCACAGGAUGCUUGUGAACGUGUCAAGCCCACCUGCGCCCUGGAGCUUCCCACAUCAACUCACAUUCUGCUCCCUCCCUCUUCACCCACAACAGCCCCACCUGGCUUAUGGCAUCAGGUUACCCUGAAAGGAAUGAAUAAUUUUCUUGCAAAAACCAAGUGAUUUUACAGAUAGGUAACAAGGAUUGGUUCCCAGCCAGGACAUAUGUCCUGGAGCUCAAAGAGCUGGAGCAGUUGCUCCUCCCAGAGAAAAGCCAGCAAUAGUGCAAACUGUGAGUGAGUGGGGUGGAACACGCUAAAAGGAAAUAUUAGAGAGCUGGCUAAACAGUGCAAGCUGGAGUGAAGAGAGAAGCAGCAUGGCAGAGCUUUCUGUCCACUCUGUUCUGGUGACUGGGGCCAACCGGGGACUCGGCCUGGGGUUUGUCCAGCAUUUCCUGAGGAUGCCAAAACCACCUCAGUGGAUCUUUGCGACCUGCCGGGACCCCAAGGGACAGCGAGCACGGGACAUACAGAAUUUGGUCCGCAAACAUCCCAACCUGAUCAUCAUCACUCUUGAAACUGCUGACCCUGCCAGCAUCAAGGCGGCUGCAGCCAAGGUUGAGGAGCACCUGGGGGGCUCUGGGCUCAACCUCCUCAUCAACAAUGCUGGAAUGGCCAAACCUAAGACGCUUGAGGAGGAAACGUUGGAGGACUUGACCGAGACUUACACCACCAACACGGUUGGACCCCUGCUGAUGGGCCAGGCAUUUCUGCCCUUGCUGAAGAAGGCUGCCCAGGGGAGCCCAGGCUCAGGGCUGAGCUGCAGCAAGGCUGCCAUCGUCAACAUAUCCAGCAUUGCUGGCUCCAUCACUUCUUUCUUUGGUUGGGAGUUGAUACAAGGUGUCUCAUACCGCUGCAGCAAGGCUGCUCUGAACAUGCUGAGCAAGUGCCAGUCCUUGGCGUACAAGGAGCACGGCAUCCUCUGCGUCGCUCUCCACCCCGGCUGGGUGCAAACUGACAUGGGCAGAUCUGUUGGACAAGUGCCCCCUGUGACAGUGGAUGACAGCGUGCAAGGGAUGCUGAAGGUCCUCUCCUCUCUCUCUGAGAAAAACACCGGCGCCUAUCUGGACUGGGAAGGGAAUGUCAUCCCGUGGUGAGACACCACUUCAGGAUCCUGGCACCCAAGAGGUCCCUUUGGCACUGCUCCCUCCUCCCCCAGAUCCUCAAUAAACUCUUGCUGAGACCCCCA